UGCUCCGACUUUCGCCCGUAAAAAAAAAAAAAAAAAAGAAAAAAAUAACCCCGAUUCAGUCCCACGAGCGAGAGCACGUAUCGACGUUUAAGUGACGUCAGGGACCUACGUUUCCGUAGCAACUGGGGCCGGUCCGUUAGCCGCAGCGGCCGCUGAAGUACCGGAGCUCAUCGAGGAGCCAGGGGGGGGGAAGAUUGUCGUCGGUAACCGGAUAGAAUCUCUUGUCCUGUGCGGCGUAGAGAUACGGGGGCGAGGCAGUAUCGAGGCGGCGAGCCCGCAGUCCAGCGCGGAGAUGCUGAAUAUGUGGAAAGUCAGAGAGCUGGUGGACAAAGCCACCAACGUGGUGAUGAACUACUCAGAGAUUGAGUCCAAGGUGAGAGAGGCCACCAAUGACGACCCCUGGGGACCCUCUGGACAACUGAUGGGAGAAAUAGCCAAAUCUACCUUUAUGUAUGAACAGUUCCCAGAGGUGAUGAACAUGCUGUGGACCAGGAUGCUGAAGGACAACAAGAAGAACUGGAGACGAGUCUACAAGGCUUUACUGCUGCUGGCCUAUCUGAUCAGGAAUGGGUCUGAAAGAGUCGUCACCAGCUCCAGAGAACACAUUUAUGACCUGCGAUCCCUAGAAAACUACCACUUCAUUGAUGAGAAUGGUAAGGAUCAGGGCAUCAAUGUGCGUCAGAAGGUGAAGGAGAUGGUGGAGUUCAUCCAGGACGAUGACAGAUUGAGAGAGGAGAGGAAGAAAGCCAAGAAGAACAAAGAUAAAUACAUUGGAGUCUCCUCCGACAGUAUGGGCGGAGGAGGAGGCAGCUUCAAGAACUCUAAUGAGUUGGAUCGGAGUAAGUGGGAUGAGGACUGGGAUAAGAGCAGAGGGGCUUUCCCCUUUAGUGAGAAGCUCGGAGAGAUCAGUGACAAGAUAGGCAGCACCAUCGACGACACACUCAACAAGUUCAGGAAGAAGGAACGAGACGACUCACCUGACAGAAUCAGUGAUAACGAGGAGGACCGAGCAUCGAGAAACGGUAGGCAGGAAACCCUGGAGUUCAAAGAUGAGGAGGAAACUGUCACAACGAAGAGCAUCCAGAUAACACAAGCAACAGAAACCACAACCACCACCACACGGAAACGCAGCGGAGCAACAAGCAGCAAGACUCUGGACCUGGGUGCUGCAGCUCACUAUACUGGAGACAAGAGCCCAGAGGAGAAGUCAUCAGUCAGGCAGUCAUCCAGUAGCGGUCUAGCUGACCUUUUGGUGAUCGACCCUUCAUCCAAUCAGAGCACUGCAACAGGUGGCAGUUCAGACCUCAUUGCUGGUUUUGCUGACUUCUCCUCUCCUGCAGCCUCUGCCAGCCUCCCAACCUCCACCGCUGCUGCGUCAUCCAAUGGAAAUGGAGAAUUUGGAGACUGGAAUGCCUUCUCGGCCAACCCACCAGCUUCGUCUAGCUCUGCUCCAUCCCAGCCCAUCACCGACCUGUUUGGUGGUGUCCAGUCACCCACAGCCCCAGUCUCUAAUCCUGCCCCCGUCCCACCUUCCGCUGAGCUGUUUGACCUGAUGCUGAUGGGUGGAGUUAACCAUCAGAUAACCAAUCCACAUACAACACUGAGUGCGUCUCAGAGCAUGACUUUCUCUCUGGGAGGGGCAACGCCAGGAGCGUCUGUUGCUAUGCCCACCAUGCCCCUUUCUCGCUCUCAACAGAGCUUGGGAGGUAUGACAUCUCAGCAGCCCAUAGGACAACAGCAGAAUGUUGGGGUGGGAGGUCAGGGAUCGUUAGGGUCGACGUGGUCUGACCCCUCUGUCAACAUCAGCCUGGACUUCCUAUCAGCAGGCCUCAACCCCACUAAGACACCGCCCACACUCAACAAUAUCAUCCAGCAACAAGGAGUGCCUCCCGUCAACCUGUUGGCCCAGAACUUCGGAGGACUGAACCUCAGCUCCCCGCCUCAUGUGACACCCAUCAGACCGCCAGCCAAUCCCCUGAUGGCAGGCAGUGCCAUGACGAUGGGCAUGCCUGCAUCAAUGGCGACUGGCAUGCCCGCUACCUUGGCAGCGGGAAUGCCACCUUCAAUGACCACGGGUACCUUGGGGAUGGGGGGAAUUCCUGUAAACCAAGGCAUGAUGGGAAUGAACAUGAGCAUGAAUAUGGGCAUGACCAGUCCAGUGAUGAUGGGUGGUGUGGCUGGCAUGGGAGUGCCAGGAGUCGGGAUGGGCCUAGCACACUCCAUCAACCCAGGCGUGGUUCCACCCAAACAAGAUGCCUUUGCUAACUUUGGCAAUUUUGGGAAAUGAAGGAGUGUGUGAGUGUGUGAGUGUGUGAGUGUGAGUGUGUGUGUGUGUGUGUGUGUGUGUGUGUGUGUGUGUGUGUGUGUGUGUGUGUGUGUGUGUGUGUGUGUGUGUGUGUGUGUGUGUGUGUGUGAGAGUUAGUGCGUGCGAGAGAGAGAGAAUAUGAGAGUGUGAACCACAGAAGGACUGCUGUACUUGAAGACAACCUUGCAUGUUUCUAUCUCUGCUUCUGCUCUGUUCGGUGAGGCGGCACCAGUGAUCGCUCACCAUCCCAGCCUGAAGACAUGGUCUUAGAAGCAGGGGAGAGAGCCCACUGGUGCCCCUCACCCACUGGUAAUUUGAUGUGUGAAUUUAUGGCACACAGAGGACACCCGAAGAGCAGGGAAGUUGCCCACCUGCAGCUUCUUGUCAUUACUUCGCUGUGGGGAAAGGAUUCCCGUCUUUGCCCGUUUUAUAUAUGAACUGCAGUGUAUCUCCCUUCAUUACAAAACAUCACUGCUAAACUUUUUUUCUCUGUAACUGCACAGAGAUUUCAAUCAGUAGGGUUGACUCAGAUGAAAAUGGCAUUGCUGCCUUAAUUUUGCAUCGUAUCAUGUUUUAUAUCAUUUCAACCAAAUUCGAUGUCAAAUUUUAAAUCAUUGCAUUAUUGCCAGGCAGCAACUCUGUUACUUUCUCUCACUCCUUGUGAAAACAGUAUGACAGUUACAGUAUCUGGAGUAUACAGAAUCCAUACUCUGGUCCUCCAGCAGAGGCCAGGAUAGGUGUAUGCAGUGAGAUAAUGAAUUGCAUAUUACAACCUUUUUCUCUCUGUUUCCCUUCCCCUCUUUUUAUCAGGCUUACAGCAGUUCACAAUAGAUGGAUGUACAGCAGGACACCUGAAGUUUUGUUGAUGUUUAAAAGACACCAUGAGUUAAGCCUUGAACUACUCAGAAAAAAAAGUCCCCAAAAUACUGUUGGGCUCUUUAAAAUAUAGUAACAAGUUACUGUUAAAAGUGAUACCUGUCCUCUACUUUCUACUUUGGAUGCCUCCGUCAUAUUAACGCCUGAUGAAAGGGUCAGUCAGUAUUUUUUUUAAUUAACUGAUAUUUUCUCUUUAUGCCAGCCCUGCCAUCGGGUCCCUUCAGACCUGCUGUUGUAGUACACAUGACUUUAUUUAGGCAUUGCUUCCUGACCCACACAGAUUUAUUCUAUCUGUUCUGCUUUUGCAUACAGUCACUGUCUGUGGAUAGAGAUGCAGAAUAAUGUAUUUUAAAGAGUAUUUUCCAUCCUGCUGUGGGAAAAGAGGAUCAACAUCUACAAGACUGAACAUCACAAUGGUCUAAGAAUCUUUCCUGUUUAAGGCAGUGGCACACAGCAGAAUUUUUGGGACACCUCCGCAAUGUACCUUUAAUUACAAAGUAUUUUCUUGCCACUAAACAUUUUUCAACUUGCAGCUAACUUUUCGGUCUCUUGCAUAGCUUGUGCAUCUCACAAACAAUGUACUAGAAAAAUAAACACCCCUACAUUUGACAUGGAUUAGAUAAACUGGAGAAAUUGGAUAUUUGUUUUCAUUAGCCGAGUUUGAAUAAAUGAUUUCUAUGGCUAGCUGAGACCAAUCCAAAGGGUUUUGGGAUCUCGAGUUAAGUGUAUGUGUGAGAAAUGAGUGAAUGAGUGUGUACGACGUUGUGUAUGGGUUCAGUUUUCUCUGUUUGAUGUGCAAACACAGCUAAGCAGAGCCUCUUGUCAUUUUCUGAGGCACUACACUCCAAAUGACCAAAUCUUUAUUUUGUUACUCUCAGAAGGAUGAUUCCAUAGCUAUUAGUUUAAUAUUUUAUUAGUUUACUUGUAAGGUUUUGUUGAUAUGGGAGAGCUACUAAUAACAUUUAGUUGAUGGGAAUCAUUUUUUUUUUUUUCAGUAGAGCUUGUUUCAUUUGAUUGUACAAUA